GUGAUGCGCUUUCCACAGAGAGGAUUGAGAUUGGGAUUGGCAGUGCCAGUGGAGUCAAACCUCGCAGCCGAUAUCGCAACUAUCAAGUCAGAGCCGGUGUUCGUGACACCGCAAGCACCAAGGCCAGGCACAUAAAAUGUUCCUUGACCGCUGAAGUCCCUGCGAGAAAGCUGAGCGGGGGCGGCACUCACGGAGACAAGGCUGCAUCAAGACGCAUUUAUAUGUAGUCCGGUGAAUAGUCAAAGACCUCUCGAAAGCGCCGUAGUAGUCAGAACCUGAUAUACUCCUUGAUCGUUGUUGGAAACUGAUGAUGGACUUUUGCAACCCUCGAUGACGCGCUUAGCGCACACGCAGUGAGCUGCUGCGUAGCGAGGUUGAUGUAAAAACUCUGAUAGCGUCUCAUGCGGAUGUCUGUAGAAGUGAAGCUAUGGAAGACCUUUUAGAUUCAAGCUAUGUGGUCAAUGGAGGCCGAAGCAUGAUUUUCAUACAAGGACCAGCAAACUGUGCGCCUCUCGUUACGGCGGUUUCGCCGAAUCGGUACCUGCAUGUGGUUCGAAGAUGCCUAGAUCCGCUCGGCAGUCCUAGUCAGGACUCCAUGUAUUUUGACUCAAACAUGAUGCAGGGCGCUGAGGGUAAUCCUGGGAAACUCGCUCUUUUGCUUCGUGAUGCUCCGGAGUCGUCAAAGCAGUUGUUAUGCGAAAAACAGUUUUUGAGUGGAAGAUGCAUAUUUGAAUGACU